AUGUCGGACAAAAAUUCGAACGUUAAAAGAAAGCUGUCCGGCUACGAAUACAGAAAACGGAAAAUUGAAAAAGAGCAAAAGUUUGAACAGAGUAAAAAGUUUAUGAACAUUGAGAAAUAUUUUGUGCAAAAAACGGAAGAUGAAGGUACAAAUGAUCUAACAGAACUAUAUUCUACUUCAAGUCUCGACACAAACGUCACCAUCGAAGUUGAACCAACUAAACAAAUGGGAGUUGUUCUUCUUGGAGAUAAUGCGCCAGUUCAAAUUCAAGAACAGGAAAUCGUUGAAAGUGAUGCUGCAGGAGUUCAUGUUGAAGAGAUUAACGAUGAAAAAUUCAAACAUAAGACACGAGAAACACUGAAUUUAUAUGAUUGUGGUACCUGGCCAGUUCUUCCAAAUAGCAAUGAUACAGUACAAAUUAAAGAACAUUUUCUAGGAUUCUUCACCGUUGAUGAUACUACUGGUUUAGGUCUUACUGAAGUUUUGAUUAAUAUUAUGACUAAAUACGAACUCGAACUCAGUAACUGCAGAGGUCAGGGUUACGAUAAUGGAUCAAACAUAAAGGGAAAGAAUACUGGUGUACAGAAAAGGAUUUUAGAUAUGAAUCCAUUACCUUCAUAUGUGCCUUGUGGGAGUCACAAUUUGAAUCUUAUAUUAUGUGACUCUGCACAGUCUUCUGUAAAAUCAGUUACAUUGUUCGCCAUCAUUGACUCUUCGACGAUGGAUGGCAUUGUUUUUUCGCAAGAAUGCUUUGCAACUAAAGCAAGUGAGUGGCAAAUGCAUGGAAUGAUGAUAACGUUCGGGUUUUCCUUUAGAAGCAAUGCUUUAAAUGAAAGCCUGUCCCCAAGCAUAACCGAUGCGUUAUCACAUGCCAUGGCCAAAAUAUUCCCGAAUGGAAUUGAAUGUUUGAGCAUGUAA